AUGCCUAAAAGGGGACAGGCCAAUUUUGACAAGCUUUUUAAAAUAAGGCCUCUUGUUGAAAUGUUGAAUAAAAGGUUUGCACAAUGCUAUCAGCCUCAUCAAAAAGAAGCAAUUGAUGAGUCAAUGGUGAAAUUUAAAGGCAGAAGCUCAAUGAAGCAAUACAUGAGGGAUGAGCCUGUGAAAAGAGGCUGUAAAAUGUGGAUGCUGUGUGAUGAAUCUGCAUAUAAUUUGAAGUUCCAAAUUUAUACUGGAAGAUUAGCUACAGAGAUGUCUGAACUGGGACUGGGUGCACGAGUAAAAACAUUUGCGGUUGGAACUGUGAACCCUACACGUAAAUUCCUCCCAAAACUGAAGGAAGAUAAAAAGAUGAAACGAGAGGACUUUGACAGCAAAGUCAGCAAUCAUGAUGUAGCAUUUUACAAGUGGAUGGAAAAACGAGCUGUGAAUUUGAUCUCUACUAUGCAUGAUCCUAGUGACACCACAAGUGUAAAUAGGAAGGAAAAAGAUGGAUCAACUACUGUAGUGGCAUGUCCCCGUGAAUUGAGUGACUAUAACAUGAGCAUGAAUUUUGUUGACAAUUUUGAUUGUCUAAAAGGAGACUAUGGUUGUGAUCGCAAAAAAACUGAAAUGGAACAGUUCACGAAUAAAGAUUUCCGAAGGAAAGUGUACGAAGGACUGCUUGCCAAGGCAAUUGUCCAUUGCAGUGGCCUAAGUCAAAAAGGGAAGAGCGUAACUCUCAGUAAACAUAAACCACACGUGGACAAACAAAUCAGAUUGGAAGGUAGAGCACAUCAGCCAAAACAGGCCACCUCAAGAAGAUGUGCAGUAUGCAGCACACGUGCUGUUCCUGUUAGAACAGUGUGGAUGUGUUCUUCAUGUAAUGUACCUCUUUGUCUACGAAAAGGGGAAACUUGCUUUCAAACAUUUCAUUCUCAAUAA